AUCACGUAACGAUCAACGAAGUUUUUUGUAUUGUAUUAUAUCAAGCUAAUUUGAAAAAUAUAUUCACAAUGGAUAAAAAUGCAAUGGGCCCGCCGAAAAUCCUAAAAACAUCAAGACGUCAAUCAGUUCUGCCAUCUACGUCGAAAAAAUUAUCGGUGAGGGAUUCAAAAAUACGACAAAAUGUGAAUGCAACUGUUACCAAUGAUUCCAGUGUUUUCGUUGAUAAUGAUGGAGAAGAUUUAGCUAUGGAAAGCAUUACACAACAGUGUCUACGUGAUGUACUCGCCGAUUGCUUGGUAGAUAUGAAAAUAAAACGUGAAGAAACCGAUAUGGAUAUUCAAAUCACGCAGUUGGCUGACCGCUUUGCUAAAACUGUUGAACAGUUGGAGAAAACCAACAGGCGGUUAAAGGAUAUAUCGUUUGUUGUGGAACAAAAGAGGCUUUUGGAUUUAAAAACUAUAGACUGUUCAAGAUUCCAUGAAACUAUUGAAGAAUCUGGGGUCACAGAUAUCCUAAAUAAUCUGGCAACUUCAGAACAGGCAUAUCUUGACAAACUUGAGACAAAAAACAUAGAUUUUGGUUACAACAAAGAAACUGGUCAUAAACAACUUCUAGAUGCGGUAAAUGAUGCUAUUGAUGGCUUGGAAGAAAUAAAAAAACACUCUGGCCUAGACAUAGACAAGUUGAAGCAGUUUGAGGUUACACAAACAAUGUUAGAUGAGAUUGAAAAGGAAAAGUUUAAUAUUGAUAAUUUAAAAUCUGAAUUUGAGAAAAAGUUCCCUAAAUUUUGUGAUAAGUUACUCCAAGAAGUUUCGGAAAAAGUAGACACUAUGUUGAAGUCUGAUUAAUGUUAUUUAUACUUAUAAAAUGUUGAAGAUAUUUAGCGAAAAUUAAAUUGUGUUUAUUUUU